CGCGUCUCGACGCGUAUAUAGCUCGGCUCCCCGACGGGUGACUUCUCUCUUUUCCUCAUCGUCCACCCAGCACCUGAAGAUACAGCCAUGAGCGACUUGGGCAGUCCUGUUGCCUUCGAGGUUACGAUCGCGAGCAGUCACCACGCCGUCGUCACCCUCGCCUUUUACUACACCGGCUGGGCGCUCGCGCUCGCGACGUCCGCAAAGCCAGAAAGCAGCGACCUCGUCGAGCAGGUCCCCAUCACCAUGAUGCUCAGCACCAUCUCCCCAGAGCUCGCAUUCCCGCCGCCAAACCCGAAGUCGGGGCGCCAGGUCUUCUGCAUUAAGACGUACUCGGAGAAUGAGGGCAUGCUCGAGCAACUCAUAAGCCUCGGCGUGCUAGCAAAGAUGAACACGAAGGAGCUGCAGAAUGGGCCGCUGGUGGAGGUGUUGAUGAAGGACGCGUGGAUCGCGCACGCGUGCAUGAAGUGCGUGAGGGAUUAUGGGCCGGUGGGACUGGCGAAGCCGUUCGAGUUGCCGGGCGAGCCGCAAAUGCUGCGGUGUUCGAAGUGCAAGGUCGCGCGGUACUGCAGCGCGGAGUGUCAGAAAGAGGACUUGAAGGCGCACAAGCAGACGUGCAAGCUGUGGCGCACCCGCCCUGCCGAGGCGGCGCGUCGGAUGGAGAAUGAGCGUCGGGCGGAGAUGAGCAGGGCAAUGUCGCUGUUCGGAUUCAAGGCGAUGUAGCUUCGAAAUCGUAGUACGCGGCAGUAAAUGGAAGGGACCGCAAAUGCGGGAGAAGGAAUAUGAAGUUUCGUCUGUGUAUAAACUGUUGUAUGUAGCAUGCUUCUUCUGUACUGAUAAGCUCUUGGGGAUUAUCUUGAAGUUCGGUCGG